AUGAGCGUCCGGGUUGCGCGGGCUGCGUGGGCCCGGGGCUGGGGCGCUGGCUGCCAUCGCGGCGCCUCGAGCUUCCCGGUGCCCCCGCCGGGCGCCGCGGACGUGGCCGAGCUGCUGCGGGACGCGGCGGCGGCAGAAAAUGGGAGGCCGCCUUGGGAGGCGGUGGCGCGGCGGACGCCGGGCCAGUGCUCCGUGCUGCUCUUCCCGGGCCAGGGCAGCCAGGUGGUGGGCAUGGGCCGGGGUCUGCUCCGCUACCCGCGCGUCCGCGAGCUCUACGCCGCCGCCCAGCGCGUGCUGGGCUACGACCUGCUGGAGCUGAGCCUGCACGGGCCGCAGGAGGACCUCGACCGCACCGAGCGCUGCCAGCCCGCCGUUUUCGUGGCCUCGCUGGCUGCGGUGGAGAAACUCCAUUAUCAGCAGCCCGAGGUCAUCGAGAACUGCGUUGCUGCUGCUGGAUUCAGUGUGGGCGAAUUUGCAGCCCUGGUGUUUGCUGGAGCCAUGGAGUUUUCCGAAGGUUUGUAUGCAGUGAAGGUCCGAGCCGAGGCCAUGCAGGAAGCCUCGGAUGCUGUCCCCAGUGGGAUGCUGUCUGUCCUCGGCAAGCCCCAGACCAAGUUCUCCUCCGCAUGUUUGGAAGCCCGGGAGCAUUGCAAGGCUCUGGGCAUAGAGAACCCCGUGUGCGAGGUGGCCAACUACCUCUUUCCGAACUGCAGGGUGAUUUCCGGACACCUAGAGGCGCUGCAGUUUCUGCAGAAGAACUCCUCGCGCUAUGACUUCAGACGCACGAAGAUGCUGCCGGUCAGUGGUGGCUUCCACACCCGCCUGAUGGAGCCCGCCACUGAGCCGCUGGCCCGGGUGCUGAAGGCUAUCACCAUGAAGGCGCCCCUGGUGUCGGUGCAUUCAAACGUCCUGGGCAAUAAAUACACGCAUCCCAGGCACAUCCCGAGGCUGCUGGUGAAGCAGCUGGUCUCCCCGGUGAAGUGGGAGCAGACGCUGCACGCCAUCUACGAGAGGAGGAGGGGCACCGAGUUCCCCCAAACCUUCGAGGUAGGCCCAGGGAGGCAGCUGGGAGCCAUCCUAAAGAGCUGUAACCUGCAGGCCUGGAAGGCCUACAGCCACGUGGAGGUGCAGGAGGCCCACGAGGCGCAGGACGCAUAG